GUCAGUGGCUUUGCUCUAACACUCGCUCUUUAGCUACAAAGCUACACCUAAUACCUAAUCCGUCGUGUUGAGCUAGCAGCUAACUCAUUUCCUUUUCAGUAAUAAUAGUUUGUAUAAGUAGUGAGUAGUAUUAGCCAGAGCUGCUGUAUAGAGCUGUUAGCUUUGUCCUCGACUAUCAUAGCUUCGAGUAAGUUAGCUAAAAAAAGUGUCAAGCUACAAAUGGAUGCGUUUCAAACAUAAUAAAAGAGAGUUAACCCUAGUUUGUCUGGUUCGAUGAAUAAAUUGCAUUUCAUCUGACACACACAUUGAUCAGUUUUUGGACAUGAGUACACUCAGGCUAAUGUUUGACUAGCUGAUCUGAAAUCAGCCUGAGCUGUGUUCCUUUUCUUCCUGUGAGAGAUCUUCUGAUCUUCUCCUCAUCUCCAAGUGCUAGCGCUUCCACUGAGCAGCAUUAGCCAGGCUUUCACAGCAGGAGAGCUGACCGAGUCACCUACAAGACCUACAAGACCUACAAGACAUGUGUGCUUGUCCUCCUGGACGCUGAUUGACCCUCCUGUGAGCCACGGAUUCAGCUUCAGUGUCUGACUUUCUGCUGGAGAUCUUCAGUUCUUGUGCUCAGCUGCUGUGUUGUUUAUAUCAAAUGCUGGUGUUUUAGUGUUUUUUCUUGAAGCUCAUCCAGAAAUCUUAGAAAUGAAAAGAACGAGUGCAAGAUCUGCUGGUGAAAUUGUCUCCUGUAAUUCCACACAUAUGGCUGAAACUUGUGGCUUUAAAUUUAGCUCCCUGGUUAAUGAGACUGGCAUGUGUUUACAAAGCAGAGCACACACACACACACACACACACACACACACUCUCUCACACACACACCAGUGACAUCACUUCACAUACACUUCACACACAAACUCGCUCUGUAGACUAGGAGAAGCUUACAGACUUCUAAAAAGCUGUGCUUUUUAAACUAGUAAACACUGACCAACAAGGUUCUCUUUGGACUCGAUUGUAGACUACGUUGUACAGAUUUGAUCUACAGAAGAAGAAGAAGAAGAAGUUGUGCAGAUUUGAUCUACAGAAGAAGAAGAAGAAGAAGAAGUUGUGCAGAUUUGAUCUACGGAAAUGUUGGAAAGCUGUCGAUUAAAAUAUCUCGGAGUGAUGUCCAUGUGAGCGUGUCUGUCGCAUUGUCAGCAGUCUGGAGCUAGACAAGCAUCCGUGAUGAUGAAACUGCGAAUUUAUGUACAAUAGCAGCCAACUGAACUCCUACUCCUUCUACACCAGCUGUGGAAUGGCUUUAAGGAUUGUUGUUUUGUGUGUGUGUGUGUGUGUGUGUGUGUGUGUGUGUGAUUCCUCUUCUUCAGAGAUAUAAAAUAUGAAUUAUACCCCAAUGACCUAAUUAUACGAAAACUCGGUGUUAAGUAAGGAAUACAACAGGAUGUGACGGGGAAAUGAUCCACUGCUGAGUGGUUUGAUUAGUUUCCUAUCAAUAACAGCGUGUCUCUAUCAGCGUGUUUUAUUCCUCUUCUACCGCAGCAGUUUGCCUACGAUUACGAGUUUUAAUUAAUGACUGAACAACGUUUACUUUUAAACCAUUUAAAGCGAGACAGGUUAGUUCCUGUUAUCGCUUGCAUUACAGCAGCGCUCUAUCCCCAACCUCUCUCUCUCUCUCUCUCUCUCUCUCUUUAAGUUAAUAAGACAAAAUAAAAUCACGAUUGUUACCAAGAACCAUAAAGUGCAACGUUCUCCGUCGUAAAGACUUGUAAGACUUGACACCUGAGACUCCUUCUAUACCGUUAAAUAACUACGGAAAGUUUCACGAAAUCACGCGCUAUACGUUUUUCCUCGUUUUUCCUAACGACGCAUUUUUAUCCCUUUUAUUAUUCGUCUUUUAGUAUCAGGUUUUGUAGGUUUUUUUUUGUAGGUUGUUGGCCAUCCAAGUCUCUGUUACUACAGAAUUGAUAACAUGAGAAUCAGAGCAUUUAUCUAAACAUGUGAUUUGAUUGACAGCCGGAACUAUAACUAAAUUUAAAAUGCGAGGUCGGUUCAUUUCGUAUUUCAUUUAGCUCGAGUUUGUCCGUAUGUAUUAUUACGUUGCUUAUGCUAAUUUGAAACGGAUCGAUCUGAGAUGUUUCUGGCGUGAACAAGGGUCUGACUGCUCCUAAAUGUUCUCCUUCUGUUACGACUUUCGGUGUAUAUGUAUUGAAAGAUAUAUUAUUUUUAUUUCUGACUAGUCUUUGGUAAGUGGGAAGCAAGCAGUUGCCCUGUGAAUCACACUGUAAUAUUAGCCAUGUACUUCCUUCUUACAGGAACUAGGGAGAGAGUUUCAGCAAAUUAUAGAAACCAGUUUCUCGGCAAGACGGAUCGACAAACUUCCCCUGGAUUACAUCUCAUCAGGAGAUUUCGCCCCAGCAGCCGUUCUCUGUUGAUGCAAAUGGACCUGUGAUGGCCUGCCAUUCAUUCGUUCGUUCGUUCAGGGCCACCGCCGUUGGCAGAUCUUGUGAUUGUCGUAAAUGGUGGGGAGGGGUUAUCUCAUACCGAAGCCAGCUCCCAUCCCCCUACAUAAAUGUCUUUUAUUUUUUUCCCUGCCGGUGACUCACCCUUUUGCUGCCAGUCUCCUGGAAGCCCUCAGUAGCACUGUACUGAAUGUUUUCUUUUCUGAUUUGGAAUGUAGUGAGCCAGGUUCCCUCUGGCAGGGUUCUGCUUACUCCACUAUUACGUAGAUCUGCAGAAUGUCUAGACGCCGUGUUGCAGAGAGAGGGGCAGGGGAAUCAUCCGGCAGGGCAAGCAAGCUCCUUUGUCCUGGGAUAUCUGGCAGCAAUGCUAAAAGAGCUGGACCCUUUGUCUUGGGCCCUCGGCUGGGAAACUCUCCUGUGCAGAGCAUAGUGCAGUGUCUGGCCAGGAGAGAUGGAACAGACGAUUUCUACCAGCUGAAAAUUUUGACCCUAGAGGAACGUGCAGACUCGUCUGGAGAGACGCAGGAGGAAAGGCAAGGCAAGAUGCUGCUGCACACGGAGUACUCCCUGCUGUCUCUCCUUCACAAUCAGGACGGAGUGGUGCAUCACCACGGCCUCUUCCAGGAUCGCUCCUGUGAGAUCGUGGAGGAUAUGGAGGCCAGUAGAGCACGCAGGAUGAAGAAGCGGAUCUGUCUGGUGCUGGACUGCCUGUGUGCUCAUGACUUCAGUGACAAAACAGUGGACCUCAUCAACCUGCAACACUACGUCAUCAAGGAGAAGAGACUCAGUGAGCGCGAGGCCAUCGUCAUCUUCUGUGACGUAGUGCGAGUGGUUGAGGCUCUGCAUAAGAAGAAUAUUGUGCACCGAGACUUGAAGCUUGGAAACAUGGUGCUUAACAAAAGGACUCACCGGAUUACAAUCACCAACUUCUGCCUGGGCAAGCAUUUGGUGAGUGAAGAGGAUCUACUGAAGGACCAGAGAGGCAGUCCGGCCUACAUUAGCCCAGAUGUCCUGAGUGGUCGUCCGUACCGCGGGAAGCCUAGUGAUAUGUGGGCUCUCGGUGUGGUGCUGUUCACCAUGCUCUAUGGCCAGUUCCCGUUUUACGACAGCAUACCUCAAGAGCUCUUUCGCAAGAUCAAGGCUGCCGAGUACUCCAUCCCCGAGGACGGCCGCGUGUCAGAAAGCACAGUGUGUUUGAUUCGUAAGCUGUUGGUGCUGGAUCCCCAGCAGAGACUGACUGCAGCAGAGGUGCUCGAAUCUCUCAGUGGCAUCAUUGCCUCCUGGCAUUCUGUAUCGUCCAUGAGCGGCCCUCUACAGGUAGUACCAGACAUCGAUGACCAGCUCAACCAACCCGAGCAUCUGCAGGAGGCGAAGGUAACGGAAGAGUCGUCACAGUAUGAGUUUGAGAACUACAUGCGCCAGCAGCUGCUGCUAGCUGAGGAGAAGAACACUAUCCAUGAGGCCAAGAGCUUCCUGACCAAGAGGCAGUUCGGCAGCGUGCCGCCGGUGAGGCGCCUGGGUCACGACGCUCAGCCUGUCAGCCCUCUAGACGCAGCCAUACUGGCCCAGCGCUUCCUCAGGAAGUAGAGGAUCACUGUGCACAGGCUGUGUCACACAGCCGGAUUCACGUGUGCGUGUGGUUGCUUUAAAGAGCGCUCGGGUGAGGAGAUGCAGCAUGUCGGACGGUUCUCUCUCAUCUGCUCCUCUCACUGGUUAAAGAAGGUGACUCUGGUUUGGGCAACACACAAGACUUAUGGGUUCUGAGCCCCUAACAUAUCCCCUCCCUCCCUCUCCCUCUCCCUCUCUCUCACUCUGCCAUACAGACAUUAGCAGCAAUACCGGAACGGAAUCAUGUAGCAAAUGGGUGCGCGCACAAACCACGCGUAACACACACCUCUCAUUCUCCUUUUCUACUCUCAGCACUUUCCAAGGGGAACAGCUCAGAUCACCUGACCUCAGUUGUCAUCCCAUCCAUGUGUUCCUCAGUCCUUCAGUCCACCACAGCCAUCCAUACUGGGCUCCAUCUGCAUUCACAAUUGCAAAUCUACCUCUUAACGUCUCUGUUUCUCUCUCUCUCAGUCCGUUUAGAACUGUGCUCUCAAUAGUUUUGAAAAACAGGUAUCCAAAUGUGGGGAUAUGACCACAAGCACAGGUGAAGAGCGUUAUUAUUAUUAUUAUUAUUAUUAUUAUUGUUAUUAUUAUUGUUAUUAUUUUUUUUUUUUUCCCCAAGAGUUCUGGCAUGUCAAAACCAGCGAUCAAUUUUUUUUCUUCAUAAUCUGAAUAAGCUUUGCUCCCCUCUCCUGUUAGAAAGGUAGCAUUUUAAGAACAUGGUCUUUUUUUUUUUCCUGCCAUUUCAUUAGUUUAUUCUUGUUUGUCUCAGUUCUUAAAUUAUACUAUAACACACAGACUCUGUAGGCCUUCUUUGCUUGAUUGGGCAUUCACGGGCAGCUAGCAUUAUACAGCUCAAAAUCUAGAUGCCAAAAAUAGUCCCGAAAGCGGCUGCUUUGCGACCUGCUGCCCUGUGAGGUACGAUAUUCUCCCCUGAUCAGCUAAAGGUGCAGUCGGCUGCAGUGGUCUCAAAGCUUUUGCUUUUUCUUUUCUUUUUUUUUUUUUUUUUAAUAACACCUCUGUCCAAAUAGAGCGUUGUCUUGUACACGUGAAUUCCCGAAAUUCAAAACGAGAUGCCUUCUGGCUUUCGUUCUUAUGAUUGCUUAUCAUUACCUGAAGUCUUAGAGCAACCAGAGAUGGUAUAAAGCUGUCAGAAGCUGGCGGAGGCUGCAAUCAUGCGGAAGCUUAAGCUCCAUUAAGCCCUGGAAGUGCAGGCUUCAGUCUCUUCCCCGCCCCUGCGGUGACCACAGCCAGGAUCUUGAGCUGCCCUUUUGAGAACGAGCCAGCACUCCUUUUCUGCCACACCGUGUUAAUCCGAACCUUUUGGCCGCCCUUCUGGUCAUUGUGCUGGGGAAUGGCCACUAAAACUAAACCUAGGAGCCUGGGCAUAUACAACAUCCCCAUCUUCCAUUUGUAGUGCCAUUGUCUUUAUUCAUCGUGUAUAUAAAGAUUAUGAGCGCGGUUCUCUUGAUACAUUGAUCACAUUUUUAUGUUUUCCUAAUCCUAAUUUUGAAAUUGUCGAGUCAUAUGAUUAUAAAUAUUUUCAAUCUUGUCAGACUGUUCACCGAUCCAAUCUAAGCUACUUGUAUAAAUCAUUGCCACAGAAUAUCUUGCCUUAGAUUCAGAUUUCAACAUUAAGUGGUGAUUUUUUUUUUUUAUUUUUAUUUUUUUUUGUACCUUUGGUGGUCUAGUAUAUUUUAGUAAACAGGUGGUCGUCUUGCAUCAGCCUCUGAUCCUGUGAUUUAGCUUGUGAAGGCCUGCCUGAUUCACUAACAUUAGGGGGAAAACGUAAUCCAGUACUGUAGGCCUCGAGCUUCUCAAUGGUAGUUUGUCUCUUUUUGAUUUGUGCUCUCGGUUUUUAAAGUGCAAAGCAACUUGACAGAAAGCGUGAGCGUUUACUCAAAACUGUUCAGCUUUGCUUGGUUUUCAUUUUUUAUGGGUGUUCAUUUUUAUUUAUUCACUGUAUACAAACAGUCUUGCUUCCAUCUAUUAUUUUGAACACUGCCUCUAUCCGUGUAAGGUGUGAAGUAUCAUGAGAUCAUCACAUAAUCCAGUUCUAAAGUAUUGCUGUGAUCUUGCCCAGUAAUCCCCAGUGAAGGCUUUUUUUUUUUAUUUUUUAUUUUAUUCUGAAAUAACCCUUUUUGUCUGUUGAGUAAAUGUUGCCACAAUCCUCAUGGUUUAUUAAGCUACAUUAAUAACGAGACUGACUUUGCAUAGCUCUAUUUUUUAGACAAAUGAAAUUAUAGCACAUUAUGACAUUAAGGAAUUAUGUAGAGUUUAUCCUGCAAGUUUAAUACAACACACUCCAGUGGCCAGUGUGCAAAUACCAUCCUGAUGUAGCUGUACUAGUAGGCUGCCAUCAAGCAGAGUUACACCAAGGCAUCGACAUGAGGAGUAUUUAUCAAGGUAAUGUUGCCUGCCACUAUUGAAAGCAUUAGUGUGCUCCCACUUCAAUGUGAAUAUUUUUUUUUUGUUUUGUUUAAAUAUAUUGCAGUAUUGUAGAUGACUUCUUCUGUGUGUCGCAGUUAAGGGGCAUUCGUAAGUGCUAGGUCCCCACUAAAAUUAAAACUUCACUGCAUCCAUCAUUCAUUGAAGAAAGGCGGUGUAGUGACCCCCAGCUCCAUCAUCUUCCCACAGAUCCUUGGGUUUAAAUGUGACUUGGUGGAGUGGUCGUGUAGUCCGUACCUUAACUUAGGCCAUAAUUGUUGUUAAAUGCCCAUGUAAGUGUCUUAACAGAAUCGCUCCCUGCAUCAUUUUUUUUUUUUCUCUUCUUUUUUUUUUCUUGUAGCACCCUUGGCAUCUCAAGGCCAAGCUGUGUAUUUGCAGCAUGACACAUUUUAUGUUGUUGAGCUAUAUUGUUUUAUACAUUAAGUAAUGCAUGACUUGGACUUGCAGGAUGUGCCACAUGAUCUUUGCGUUUAAGUUGCCAGAAAAUUCGGGUGUGGCUGUAGGUGUUUUUUAAAAAAAAAAAAAAAAGUAAAUUGCAUUUGUAAUCCAGUUGAGAAUACACUAAAAAAAACAAAACAAAAAAAAAAACCAGAAGAUUCAUCUCAGUGGCGCUAAAUUGGGAGAAUUUAUUUUAAAGUCAGUAAUUUUGUUUAGAAGUAUGAUUUAUUUUUUUUAUUUUUUUUUUUUCUUGUCCUGUCUUAUAAACAUGUCCGCUAACUGGAAAAUGGUGUAAAAGGAAAUGAUGGUGAAAUUAGUUAAAAGCCUAAAUGUUCGGUGUUGUAAGCUGCUUGUUUGGAUAGAUAUCAAAGAAGAAACUGGGUAAUUGUACAGAGAUAAAAACAAAUUUGUAUAAAUGACAUAUUUUUGUACUUCAUAAAAUCUCUACAUGCAUGUCAGCAAUAAAUUUGAUAUGGAACAA